GGAUUCUAGAGAGAGAGAGGCAAACUUUAGAGGGAGAGAGAGAGGGGGAAACUGUAGAGAGAGACAGAGAGGGGGCUUUCGAGAUGAGAGAGAGAAGCUGAGAAUGGGGCUUUUGUUAGGGCUGGGGUAUAAGUAACAGUGGCACUUUCUUUGAGACUGUGUUUGGUUUACAGUUUCUGAGACUGCUUUAAUGAAAAUUCCCUCUUUUUCUCUUUCUAGACUGUAGUUUCCAAACCCACAGAUAUUCUCUCUCUAUCUCUAAGUUAAACUUUGGGAGAACUUUUUGAUUCAGGCCAUGCUCCACUUGUGCUCCCAUGUUGUAGUCCCUUGGACCUCCCAUUUAAUCCAGAAAACAUCAUCUCUGUUCUUCUGCUCCUCAUUUUGCCCUAUAUGGACCCACUCAAGAGGUCCGAGCUUUGCACCCAAGGGCAUUGCAGCCGUGAAUGAACGCGACGUGCGCUGCUUCUCCGUCAAAAGCCUACGGAAGCCGACAACUGCAGCUGUCUCCUCUGCAACUCGACAACAAUUGCCGCCAGGAGAAGAUGAGGAGAAUAAACCAUUUUAUGUUGUUCGCAAGGGGAACAUCACCGGCAUUUAUAAAACAUUGGAUGACUGUCGUUCCCUGGUAUAUGAUCCCUCUUGCAAUGUCUUCAAAGGAUUUUGCCUUCAAAAAGAGGUUGAAGACUAUCUAACUGCUCGUGGAUUGAAAAGUCCUUCAUUCUCCGUAAGCUCAACGGAUGUGACAGAUGAUUUUCUUGGGACCUUAGUUCCUCUCGGGACUGCAAUUCCAUGUCAAAAUCAGGUUCCGUGUCAAAAUCAGGAAUCAAACGAGCAAUUUUCUUCCACGAAGGUGAGAAGUAAGAAGUCCAAACUAAAGACAUUGAAAGCAACAAUUGCUUCUAUCAAUGAUAUGGAAUCAAACGAGCAAUUUUCUUCCACGAAGGUGAGAAGUAAGAAGUCCAAACUAAAGACAUCAAAAGCAACGAUUGCUUCUAUCAACGAUACGGAAGCAGUUGAUUCUCCUCCUGUUCAGAAAAAGCAGAAAUUAAAGAAAAUGAAGAUCAAAGAGCCGGUCCUUCUUGAGUUUGAUGGUUCAUCUAAAGGAAAUCCAGGAAGGGGAGGUGCGGGGGCUAUACUGCGAACAGAUGAUGGAAGAGUGAUUUGUCGGAUGCGUGAAGGUUUGGGCAUUGUGACGAACAAUGUUGCUGAAUAUCGAGCUGUCAUUUUAGGCAUGAAAUGUGCACUAAGAAAGGGUGUCACCCAAGUGCAAGUACAAGGUGACUCCAAAUUAGUUUGUAUGCAGCAGAUUCAGAAUUUAUGGAGAACCAAGCAUCAUAACCUCAUCAAAUUAAGUAAGGAGGCACAGGAGCUAAAGAAAAGAUUUUCAUAUUUUCAAAUCAAUCAUGUGGACAGGGAUUUAAAUUCUGAAGCUGAUGCUUUAGCAAACUCAGCCGUUGAGCUCGAGGUGGAUGAAACACAAGAAGCAUGUGAGGAUGAAGUGGCAAAUAAGAAAACAAAAAACAAAAACGGAAGUGGCACACAUUGAUGGAAUCACUUGAGGAUCAUGGAAGGCGUUGGGUCUGUACCAGCUGUGUUACCAAAGAGUUUGUGCAGCAUCUGCUGGAAUAUUCAUUUAGGCAACAAAUUUUGUAAAGGGCAAAGUUUAGUUCAAGAUGUUCAUAUAUUGGUUUGCCCUGAAAGAAAUUUAGGGGCAUACAAAGUGAUUUAUUACCUACAAGCAGUGUUGGAAAUCUCCACGAGUCAGACUUGGACUUGUCGGAGUUACUUGGGCUCGGCAGGCUGCCGUGUCCCAAACCAAACACAUUGGAGCCAGCUGACUCUGGUCAGUUCCCACUAUUUUUGGACGUAGCCGAAUCUCCAAUAGACUCGGCUAUGUAUGUCUGACCCAACUUAAGCUCGAGAGCCUAGCAAGUUGUGGUUCGAGCCCUCAUUCUUCUAACACUGUCUGUAGGUAUACUUGCUCACGCAAUGCUAACAAAAGAAAGAGAGUUUGCACUUGGAAUUGCUGCAUUUAUGUUACCUUGGCAUUGCCAGGGGAAUUGCUUUGUGUAGUAUUUCUUAUACACUGUUUCAUUUAGGGUCCAGCACCAUCAGAUAAGGGCAUCAGUCCUAUUCCGUGGACUGCUACCCCUUUUUUAAUAGUUAUUCUA